GGGGCACUUUGGCUUGAGGCCCCAGUAUUGGGGCAGGGAGAGCAGGGAUCUGAGGGUCCAAAGGCAGGAGGUGGGUCAAGCCAGAAGACUGAAAAUAGGGAGCAACUGGCAUGCACGAGGCUUCUCCGUGGGUAUGGCUAGGGUGGAACAGAGGGACAGCCGGGAAAGGAGAGGGUAUCAGAGGACGAGAAUCGAGAAGACUGGAGGAAAAAACAUAGGCCUAGGUGAGAACAUCUGGGAAGCAAUGAGCAAAGUGGGAGAGAUGUGUUAGAGAAGAAACUUGGGAUGGAGUGCUGUCUACAGUACUAGUUGGGGUAAGAAGUGUAAGGAACUUGGGAAGCAAGGCUGGGAAGGAAGGGAUUCACUGUAUAAGAGUCCUAAGAAAGAAAUGCAAUCUAGGAAGCCCUAGGGAAGACAUCCUGAUGGAAUUACAAACUUGGGGAGCACUCCCUGCUUCUUCAGUACUAAAACAGCCCUCCAUGUGCCUUUUUGUAUAGACCCAUCCCCAGUUAUUUCCUUACCCCUUGUCUGCUAGAGUUGUAGAUUUUCACUUUUAAAUUUUUAUUGGAUUUCUGUUUUGUUUUCUUUUGUUUAAAUUAUGGCUAGUCCUGUCUUGGGGACAGUAGAAUGUUUAGUGGAAUAUGGACCUUUAGAUAUGAGAUAUUUGAGAACUAAGGUAACCCAUUUACCCCUUCAGAUCAAGAAUUUACUUGACUCUGCUUCCAGGAAGAUUUGAUGCAUUACCAACCACUGUGUGUCCAGCUUUGCAUACCUUAUUUGGCCUCUUCUCUCAUAAGCAAAAUUAUCUGUGUGAGUCUUAUCUAUUCUUACAUGUUUAGUAACUUCUAUUGUACCUGUCUUAAUGGUCUAAGACCUCAAAGCAUCCAUGGUAACUUUGGUAUCCUCCUGACCUGCUCACCUGUCAGCUUUAGGCCUUCCAUCCCUAUGGCCAUCCAGAAGACCAUUGGGACCUGGCUAUCUCUCUUCACUGAUGCUGCUUAUUUUGCUUGUGUGAAAGUACACAUAUCCUUAAGAAGCAUGAAAAACAGGUGUCUGACUUCCUUGAAUAUUUCUAGUUAAGUAGGAUUUUGAGGAAAGGACCAGAUAAAAGGCUAAGUAAGAUAAUCUUUGAAAGCAUAGUGCCUUGAUUAAUAGGCAUGUAAGAAAUGCCUAGGAAUGGGCUGGGGUUGUGGCUCAGUGGUAGAGUGCUUGCCUGGCAUGUGUGAGGCACUGGGUUCAAUCCUCAGUGCCACAUAAAAAUAAAGGUAUUGUGUCCAUCUACAACUAAAUAUAUUAAAAAUAAUUUUUAAAAAAUGUUGGCCAGUAAGUCAGUGAAUCUUCCUUGGCGGUAUGCAAGGGACUUCAGGCUUCCCUACUAACAACCUAAAGCUGGAAUCCAGGUGCCCCUUGGAUCAUGAGAACAGUCAGAUGAGUGACUCCUGAGAUAAAGUCUUAGAAGAAAAUAAUCCUACCAUUGGGGAGUAGAGAGGUUUCACUGGAGCUUCUGGAGUGGGCCUCAGGGUAGUGGAAGCUACCCUCUUUUGGGCAGCCUCAGAAUUGUAUCUUGUCGUAGUCACUAGAUAUUGAUGUGUCAUGCACAAGAUGUAAUGUCUUUGUGGCCAUUGAGUGCAGUUAGUUGUUUUUUGGCUUCUAGGCAGUCCUCUUCCUCUCAGUAGGUUAAAGGCAAGGCAUAUUUUAGGACGUACUCAGAAAUAAAUCCUAACUUUUUUCCAAUGAAAAUGCAACUGAACGUUUCUUUUUAUUUCCUCUUAGUUUCAAAUCUGAAACUUGUACUUCCCAGCAUGGGAGAAACUUAUCCUUCCUUAUACUCUACCCCAGUCCCCAACAUCCACAAAGGAAUUCUUUACUCUUAGAUUGGUGCACUAUCUCCCUCCCUCUCUGUACCCCCCAGGCCCCCACCAGAGUAGUUAAGGAAAUUAAAGAUAAGUUGAUAUUGAGCAGAUAUUUUUAGCCUUAUUUUAAUCUGCAGGAACAAUAAGAGUGUGGGACCCUGUUGGUAUGAACAAUGUCACAGGCAGAGGGACUCCCUUUCUUUAUUGGUCUCUUGACUGAUUGCUGGAGAAAACUUGGAAUUCUAGGCUUUAUGAUUUGCCUUCUUUUCUUAGUAGAGUUAUGGACUCUGUUCUGGAAACAGAGAGACAGGGUCAAGGUUUAACAGACAAAAACAUCUUAAAAAGUACACUGCUGAUUAUGAAUGAGCUGGUCCCUGGAUGUUGUAUCCACCUUGUAGACUCUGAUGCGACACACUUGCUGGAGUAAUCCCUAAAUCAAGGAAUGUUGUUCUAUUGUAACAAGACUUAGCAUCAGACUUUGUUUGGUAUUUUCCUCAGGCCCAUAAUUUCUGAAAAGAGACAUGGCAGUAAGAGGAUUAGUUCUUCUCUUAUGCAUAAGUCCUUGUUUCCAGUUCAAGGAUUUAAGUCACCAAGAUGAAGAUCUAAAAACUGUUCACCUUAUAACCUAAGAAAGAAGGCAAGUAAGGUGGCCCAAACCUUCUAGUUGCAGUGAGAUUAAACUUUCUACUCCAGAGAAGAGAACCACUGGAAGAUUCUAAUGGUGCUACUUCUGUUGUCAAACACAUAAAUGACUCUGGGCUUAGUUUCUUCUGUUAAAAAUCAUGGGAUUAUAGAUCAUUUCUUAACUCCAUUCCAACACCUGUCCUAGGCCCUCCAUACAAAGAAGAGAGGCUUAUCAAACUUGUUUGUCAAAGCAAGAUUCUUUGUUAGCAGAGAAGCCUAAGAAAUAUUUCUCUCUCUCUCUCGCUCUCUCGCUCUCUCGCUCUCUCUCUCUCAAUGGUGCUAGGGAUCAAACUCAGGGCCUCACACAUGCCAGGCAGGUACUCUACCACUGAAUCAUAUUGCCAGCCCCAAAAUGAACUCUUUUGAUUAGUGUGUAUUAGGGACUUUGAGCCAAAAUUGCUACUAAAGAUAGUUAUUCCCAUCUCUCCCACAUUUUUGUCAUUUUUAUCACCUUACCCCAAUCAGAAUAGUUAAUGGUAAUUUCAAACACUUGAGAGAACUAUUCCUGUUUUGAGCAACUUUGGCUUCAAAACUGAUUAUUAGCUGGACAUGGUGGCAUAUGCCUAUAAUCCCAGUGGCUUGGGAAGCUAAGACAGGAGGAUUCACAUUCAAAGCCAGCCUCAGUAGCUUAGCAAGGCCCUAAGCAACUUAGCAAGACCCUGUCUUAAAAUAAAAUAUAAAAAGGGCUGGGAAUGUUGCUCAGUGAUUAAGUGCCCCUGGGCUCAAUCCCCUGUAACAAAUGGGGGAAAAAAAAAAAGACUGAUUAUUAUAAAACUCAAAUUGAACUCCCCUGCUCUAUUUUUCCCAGCUGCCCAAGCAUACAACUGAACAGCAGUGACCUUGUGGGGCCUUUUCAUAAAUAUUUGUGUACUCAGAGAUAUAUCAAAAAAACCCAGAAAGUAUCUUGUGCAUCACACCAGGCAAUUUAAAGUGUUACAUUGGCCCUUUUCCUUAGUUCUUUACAUCCUGCAGUGAGACAUGGGAUUGUUUCUUCUCCCACCAAUAAACCUCAGCCUUCUCUCUCUUCCAGUCUGCAUAAGGAAGACAGGGAAUCACAAAGAACAAGAGAAAAGAUGUGCUUCAUCUGAGAUCUGAAAGGAGACAAUGAGGUGACAUUAUUUUCCUCCACCCAGAUGUUAUGUUUCUACCUUUUACCUUUUCUUAUUUUAGAGACUGGCCAUUCCUAGGAUAAUUGGGAAUUCAUAUCCUCUGCUCUGCUCUUCAAGCAUUUGGAUAAUAAAGCUGAGCUGUCUUCAUGUGUAUUAUACAUACACAGCCACCAUCUACAACCUGGUAAAAUCUGAGGUCUUUCUUCUAUAAAGACAGAUACAUGAAAUAAAGGUUGCUGAGUUUCCUUCAAAAGCUUCUAGGUGUAUCCUACAGAUUAUUUCAGAGCUUCAACUUGCUCUCUAUGUCUAGGUCUGUGUUUUGGAAAGGGGGAUGCAGUUUGCAGACAAUGCCUAAUUCCAUAUCUUCCCAGCCCUUUCCCUAUCCCUAAUUCUGCAAAGCCCUGGUAGAGAAUAGAGCCAGCUAUGUGACUCCAACAUAUUUUUGUUCAUGUCUUAUUCAGUUCAGGAAGGCACAGACAGGAGAGGAUGAUGCUGUGGGUUUGGUCUACUUGGAGUACCUGAACUGCUCACACCCAAGGCACAUGGGAAGUUCUUUCUUAUUAAGAAUCACUGGGCUGGUGGGGGGCGGUUGGGGUUGUGGCUCAAUGGUAGAAUGCUCAUCUACCACGUACAGGGACCUGGGCUCAAUCCUCAGCACCACAUAGAAAAUAAAUAAAUAAAAUGAAGAUUUUGUGUCCAACUACAACUAAAAAAUAAACAUUAAAAAAAAAAAAAAAAAAAAAAAAGAACCACUGGGCUCCACCACAGAACCCAGGUCCUAAGGGAAACCAGAUAAAAAUUUCCACUUCUCCCAGCUGCAGUUUGGGAAUAAUAACCAAAAGGAUGACAUGGAGCCUUGCCACUGUCUCCAUCUUCACCCUCUUUCUGAACAUUCUCCUUGCCACCUUUCUACCCAUUAGGCCACAAUGAGUAUGUUUUAUUUUUUAUUUUUUUCAGUUCUGGGGAUUGAACCCAGGAUCUCACACAUACUAGAUGAAUGCUUUACUACUGGGCUACAACCCCAGCCCCAAUGAAUGUGGUUGGUUGAUUGGUAGGUUGAUUUUGGUACUAGGGAUUGAACCCAGGGGCACUUAACUACUAAGAUAUAUCCCCAGCCCUUUCUGCUUUUUAUUUGAGACAGGGUCUCUCUAAGUUGCUUAGGGCCUUGCUAAGGAGGCUGGCCAUACACUUUUGAUCCUCCUGUCUCAGCCUCUGGGGCUGCUGGGAUUACAGACAUGUGCCGCCUGGCCCCAGAACUUUUUAUUUUUUAUUUUGAAACAGUCUUAUUAAAUUGCGGAGGCUCACCUUGCAUUUGCAAUCCACCUGCAUCAGUGUCUCAAGUAGCUGAGAUUAUAGUCGAGCACCACCCUGCCUGGCUUAUGAUUGUGUUUUAAAUUCCAAUUUUAGAGUAUAUAAGCAAAAAUAACCAAUAUGGUUUUGACAUUAUAAUGAAACCACAAAUAACUGGAACAGGAACAGAUUUCAUGGAUCAGCAAUGCCUUUUGUUCAGCAGCAGAGUCAGGCAUCAGAGGGGCUCACUUUCUGGGUAGAAAAUGGCCUCUGGUUACAAAGGGAUCUGGGUUUUUAUAGGUUCCACUGAGGGGCAACUUUAUUACUUCAACAGAAUGUGUCAGUUUGGGCAUUCAGGAAAUAGGUUUAAAAAUGUGAAACUUGUGGGCUGGCGAUGUGGCUCAAGUGGUAGCGCGCUUGCCUGGCAUGCGUGCGGCCCGGGUUCGAUCCUCAGCACCACAUACAAACAAAGAUGUUGUGUCUACAUAGUAUUAAAAUUAAAAAAAAAAAAUGUGAAACUUGUUUUUACUGGGCAAGAAUCGAAGGUCCAGAGCUCAGGCCCAGUGCUUAUCUUGUCCUCCAACGCUCAUUGUAUUUUCACUGGGAUAGGAUUAAUGUGUGGCUUCAUUAUCACUGGGAAAGAAUAUAUUGUAAAAGAGUCAAUAUUUGUCCUCUUCUUAUGGACUGCCAUUUUAGGAUUGAUGUUCACCUCCUUCCCAGGGAUUGUCUUAUCACUGGGAGAGGAUUUAUUGGGAAAUAUUAGUUUUGCCUUCUUCCUCCCGCCUGCCUCCCAGGUCACACUCUCUUAGGGGGGUUGUCAUUUUCCAUAUCCUUCAGAGUAUCAUUGAAUAAAACCGGAUCCUUUGGAGGAUUUGAAGAGUUUUUAUUACUAGUAAUCCUGGGUUUAAUCCUCAAUACCAAAAAAAAAAGGUUGGAAAAAUAAAUAAAUGUUGAGAGCCACAGUUUAGUUGGAAUGACGCCUGGCAUUUUGUUAGAGGGAAUGGUUGAAAGGUGACCCUGCUCAGGGACUAGGGUGGCUCCAGGGAUUAGGGCAGAUCCUGCUGCCUCAGGGCACCUGCUACUUUGGAGCUCCCACUGAGUUCUCCCACUGAGUUCUCCAAGGGGUUCCGGGAGAAUUGGUGGAGGGAGUGUAUUCCCGGGAAGUGUGGGUAGAGUGCCGGUGAGAGUUCCGGAAUAAAGAGUUGCUGUUUGAACCUACAAGGCUUUGUGGCAGCUCGGUUAUUUGUGCCCAGCCAGACUGCGGCAUUUGGUGGCCCAUACGGGGAACGCCUGAAGCUUGGAGGUAAGUGAAUGAGAUAUCAAAAAAAGAGUCAAACCUAGGUGGUAACCAAGAUGCUUUUUUUCAAUAUCUAUUUUAUUAUUGCCUUUUCCCACAUCAUAAAGUUUCAUUUUAUUUUUGAGCUCAUACAGACCUAGGUUAAUGUUUUUCUAAUCAGUUCUAUUUUUUGACUGUGGAGUUUUUAAACAUUGCAAUGGAGAUUUCACCUGUGAAAAGCUACAAGGCCUUUACUAUUAUGUUAUGUGUUGUAUGUAUUAUGUUAUGUGUGCACACUUCUGUUUUGUGUUGUAUAUCUGUAUGUGCGUAUGUCCAUAUAUCAUAUAUGAGGAGCACUCAUAAAAAUAUGGAUCCAAAUAUUUUUUUUAUUCACGUGAUUUAAAUGGUUUAAUUUAAAUUGGGUAAACAGCUAUUGAGGAUUGUUUUAAUAUGUGAACAAAAAAGGAGGUUAACAGAUCUAUUUACUUUCACCUUUCCUUUUCAUUAUAUUUAAUAAUUCUCUUCAGGAUAAUGUAAAUUGUUCAGAAAAUUGCUUUCUUUUAGUGCCUGCUGAAAUGUUACAUAAUUUUUCUUAGCCAUUAUUGCCAGAAUUCCUAUCUUCAUCCCAGUGCCGGUGAAGACAAAGAUAAAACCAAACUACAGCUUCUGCGAUAGCUAUCACAACAAACUGUAUAAACUGAUGCAUCAAUAAAUAAUAACUCAGCAAGUGAUGCUCAAUCAAGGAGUCGAUUUACUUUGGGAGGAAAUGGACAUAUUAAUAGAUUCCUCUGCUUUGAACUGUUUGCAGAACUUGCCUGGACUAUGUAUCACUUGCAUGCAUUGUGAACUAUCUGUUGGUGCAGCGAAUUAUGGUAGUGCUGGGGUAUCUUUGCUGAUGGUGUCAUCGGUGGUACAAUUUUUCCAAAAAGAGCCGUCAUUUGGCUUGGUGCCGUGGCAUUUUGCAUCCUCCUCCCUUCUGCUUGUGAUGGUCUAAAAUUUGGGGGCCAACAGAGGUGAGGCAAAGAACCUCACCCCCCAACUGGUGCAAAGGCCAAAUUUGGGGGCCAAUAGAAGUGAGGCAAAGAACCUCACCCCCGCACUGUUACAAAGGCCUAUCCACAAGUAUGGCUGUAUGCUGGACCGGUAGCCAAUGACGGAUAAGAUCCAAUUACAAUGGUACCAACCUAAGACAGGAGGCUGACGCCUUGAGGUCAGCUCAUCUGAUGACGGGUAAGGACCAUAUGUAGUAUUAGACAACCUAAGACAGGUUUUUUAACCCUAAGCCACAUGCUUGUUGUUUAAUUAAACAGAAGGGGGGAGAUGUUGAGAGCCACAGUUUAGUCAGAAUGACACCUGGCAUUUUGCUAGAGGGAAUGGUUGAAAGGUGACCCUGCUCCGGAAUAAGGCAGCUCCAGGAUCAAGGCGGCUCUGGGAUUAGGGCGGAUGCUACUUUGGAGUUCCUGUUGAGUUCUCCUGGGGGUUCCGGGAGAAUUUGGAGGGAGUGUAUUCCCGGAGGUGUGGGUAGAUGCCGGUGAGAGUUCGGGAAUAAAGAGUUGCUGUUUGAACCUACAAGGCUUUGUGGCGGCUCGGUUAUUUGUGCCCAGCCAGACUGCGGCAAAUAAAUAAAAAGUAUUAUGUUUAUGUACAACUGAAAAAAAAAAAAAAAGUGAAGAAUCUGAGAGGCUCAGUUGGGCACGCCUAUAAUCCCAGUGGUUCAGGAGGCUGAAGCAGGAGGGUGGAGAAUUCAAAGUCAGCCUCAGUAAAAGCAAGACCUGAAGCAAUUCAGUGAGACCCUGUCUCUAAAUAAAAUACAAAAUAGAGCUGGGGAUGUGGCUCAGUGAUCAAGUGCCCCUGAGUUCAAUCCCCAGUACCCCCGCCCAAAAAAAAAAAAAAAAGAAUCUGAAUAUUGUUCAGUGGUAGAGUGCUUGCCUAGCAUGUGUGAGGCCCUCCACCACUGGGGUUGGGGGGAAGCAGAAGGAUGAGCUGGGAGGAUCUUUGUUUCCAAAGGUUACAACGACCAAUCUUUGCUCUCUGCUCACAGAUUCUUCCAUUUGAAUUGGGAGGCUGGUUGUUUCUAGUUGGUUUGUAUUCAGCUCACUGAGCUGAAUUCACAGUACAUGUGUGUCUACCUCCAUCACUGGAUGAUGUUUAUGUUACUUUAAAGCACUUUGAGCCAAACCUGUCUUGUAUAACCAAUUUCUCUUAACCUUCUCCUCCUGUAAUAUUAGCACUAAUUUGACCCAGUUCCUCAAAGAGACACUAAGAUCUGCCUGCCUGGGCAAGUAGGGGAGGAGGGGUUUUUAGGGAUAAAGAAUGGGAUUGAUGGGAGGGAUGUGCUGAGGGGAGAUUUGAACAAAAGGACAAGUACAUCUGCUGAUUUGCUCCUAGCUUUCAGAAAACCAGGACUGAGGACAACAGAGUCUCAAUACCUCUAACUUCCAGAAUCACCAACUUGGCAUUUAGAGCAGUUGAAAGCAGCUAAGUAUUGAUUUUGCCCAAGAUGUGUCACAGCACACCUGUUAAGAGCAAUUAAGAAGUGGGAGAGCCAGGUGCAGUGAUGCAUGCCUGUAAUCCCAGUGAGUUGGGAGGCUGAGGCAAGAGGAUCCCAAGUUGGAGACCAGAUUCAGUAACUUAAUGAGACACUGUAUCAAAAUAAAAAAAAUAAAUAAAAAGGGCUGGGGAUGUGGCUCAGUGGUUAAGCAUCCCUGGGUUCAAGCCCCAGUACCCCUCCCCACCUCAAAAUUUAGGAGAACAGGCAUAAUGGUUCACUCAUAUAAUUCCAGGUACUGGGGAGACUGAGAUGGGAAGAUCCCUAGUUUGAGGCCAGCCUGGGCAACUUAAUGACACCCUGUCUCAAAAUGAAAAAUAAAGAGGACUGGAAAUGUAGCUUAAUGGUAGAGCACAUCUAGGUUCAAUCCUCAGUACCGACAAAUAAAUUAAUAAGAAAGAACAAGUUGAGUGGCUCUACAGAGAGAAAUAUGCUAAUGCAAUAUUGUCUGUGUGUGUAUGCCUGUGUGAACCAGGAUCUAGAUAAGCACUAGGUGGGCAGAGCAGUUGAAUCAUAGUAUUCAGCUAACACUGAUUCAGAGAGUGCAUUUCAUUCUUGCAUUCUUGAUCAAAUAGUCCCAAAACAAUUUCCAGAAGGGUCUAAAGGAUUGCUCUCUGAGUUGGACUUUCUUCCUUGUAGUAAACUGCACUCUGCUACUUUGUGUGUGGGGAGAGGAGUGGGGGUAUUGUGGAUUUAACUCAGGGGUACUGUACCACUGAGCUACACCCCUAGGCUGGCUUCAAACCUGCAGUCCUGUCUGAGUCUCUGGAGUCACUGGGAUUACAUGAAUGUGCCACUGUGCCUGGCUUGUUCUUCCUUUUUGAGUAACAGACCCCACUCCUACAGGGAUCACACCAAAGAAAAGCGGCUUUAAUUGCUGUUAGAAUGAGCAGAAAUCAAGAAAAUCCAUGAAAGCCUUGAGUAGCCUGGCUUUUGAUAAAAAGCAAUAUGGUGUAAUGGAAAGGGAUCGCCAUAGGGAGAGGCAGGAAACCAAUGUUCUUGUUCCUUAUUCCAGUCUCACUAUGAGUUAAGGGACAAACAACUGCUCUGAGCUUCAGUUUCUCUGAGCAGAAAAUGGAGGAAAUCUGACUUGCUCUUGCUUUUUCUAUAUGGGGGAAUGUAUGAGAGAACUAAUUCAUGACACUUCAAACUUUGCAGGUGUUUUGAAAAAUUCCAAAGGGGACUUUUGAAACUAUUGAUUUGGAAAUGAAAGAGACCCCUAUCUGGGCAUGGUGGCACAUAUCUGUAACCAAGCAACCCCAAAGGCUGAGGCAGGAAGAUUGCAAAUUAGAGGUCAGCCAGGGCAACUUAUUGAGACACUUUCUCAAAAAAAAAAUAAUAAUAAAAUAAAUAAAUAUAUAUGUGUGUGUGUGUGUGUGUGUGUAUAAAUAAAUAAAAUGCUGAGGAUGUAGCUCAGUGAAAUAGCACCCUUGGCUUCAAUCCCCAGUACCAAAAUGGUGGCACAUGUCUGUAAUCCCAGAAAAUUCCAGAGCAGCUUCAGCAGUUUAGCAAGAUUCUGAGCAAAUUAGCAAGAUUCUGUAUCAAAAUAAAAACAAUAAAAAGGACUGGGGAUGUGGCUCAGUGGUAAAGCACUCCUGGGUUCAAUCCCCAGUACUAAAGAGAGAGAGUGAGAGAAGAGAAAGAAAUGAAAAAAUAAGGAAAUAGGGGUCAAAUAUAAAUGUAGAGAAUUUUCCCCUCACACCUAGGAUUGAGACUACAAAUCUUUCUGAUGAAAUGUAAGGGAGAGUUACUUUGCAGAGUGAAGCUAAACCCAUGAUUCAGGGUUUCUCAUGAGCCUUCCUCCAGAUAAGAAUGAGGAAGGGGCAGGAAAACAGAUACUUCUCUCCUGUGUACCUCCCUGAACCCUCUUACUCUCCCUACUUUGGUUUGUUUGUAGUAUUACAAACAAACCAAAUUUUCAUCCAUCUGCCUCUGUGACAGCUUUCAAAGAGUUUAAGAAUCCUAGUGGUAGCUCAGGCUGUUACCUUGCUCCAUUUUGGCUCCACCAAAUCUGCCUCUGGGGCAUUUGUUUUUUAUUAGAUGAAUGGUAAAAAGCAAUUUUAAAUGUUUUUAAAAUUUCACCAGCUAGAUUUCCCCAUCUUCUCAAAGGAGAAAUCUUCUCCUAUGGAGAUAAUUCAUUGCAAAAAUUAUCACUUUUAAUUGUUCUCUAGUUUUUUUGUUUUGCCAUGCUGAGAAUCACACCCAAGACCUCCUACAUAUUAGGCAAGUGCACUAUCACUGAACUACAUCGCCAGUCCUGUUCUCAGUUAUUUGUUUGGUGGUGCUGGGGAUUGAAUCCAGGGCCUUGUGCAUACAAGACAAACACUCUACCAACUGAGCUAUAUCCCCAGCCCAGUUAUUAGUUUAAUACUCUACUGCCAAUUAUUGCUCACCUUACCUCAAAUAGACCAACCUGCUUUUUAAUCUACCCAUCUGCUUUUUAAAAAAUAAGCAUAACAAAGUAAUUGACCAGAGGGUAUAGAAAGCCACUUAAAAGGUUUGUUUAAGCCAGGCACAGUGGGUCAUGUCUUUAAUCCCUGCUACUCAAUAGGCUGAGGCAGGAGGAUGGACACUUCAAGACCAGGGCAAUAUUUUGAGACCUUGUCUCAGAAUAAAAAGGGCUGGGAUGUAGCUCAGUGGUAGAGCCUAUAUUUAGCACAUACAGGGUUCAAUCUCUAGCAUCACCCCCUCCCACACACACAUCAAAUUUGUUUAUACCUUCAGUAGAAAACUUAUCACUGAGCCCUAAGGUGGGCUUCUUUCUAUCAUAUUCCACCUUCCUGUUAUCCCCACUCCUGCUGCACACCCCAAAAAAGAAUCCCACAAUCGGCACAGUGGUGCAUGCCUGUAAUCCCAGAGGCUUGGGAGGCUGAGGCAGGAGGAUCGCAAGUUCAAAGCCAGCCUCAGCAAUAAUGAGGUGCUAAGCAACUCAGUAAGACCCUGUCUCCAAAUAAAAUACAAAAUAGAGCUGGGGAUGUGGCUCAGUGGUCGAGUGCCCCUGAGUUCAAUCCCUGGUACCCAAAAAAAACAAAAGAAUUCCAUGAAAGACUGAAUUGAGCUUAUAUUUUUUCCUACUCCUUCUUAACUGAGGUCUGGCAUCUCUACAGGGCUGUUUCUUCAUCUCUUGAGGGCUGAAGUAUAAACUAGCUCCUAUGGCAUCAGCUCCACUACAGGGAGAAGGUAUACUCUCAAAACCAAGACCAUUCUAGACCAAGGUAGUAUUUCUACCCCAGAGGCUGGGGAGGCCUGAAGAGGUUGUAGGUAGGAGGAAAUCUUGGGGCUUGGAAGGCAGAGUACAUUAUUUUUCUCACCAGGACAAAGUACUUUAGGAUAGUUUCAGACCAUGCUUACGUGAUCUUCUAGUUUUCUUGCUUACUCCAGAAUGUUAAAAGAAAAACCUUAUCCCUUCCUAGAUCUGACUUCUAAUAGCAGCUGUUUUCUCUUUAAACAGAUCUCUUUAAGAUGGACAUAGAAGACUGCAAUGGCCGCUCCUAUGUAUCUGAGUGGGACCAAUGAAGGAAUUAUUGGCAUGCACUACGAGAGAUAGCAAGACGGGUGGGUCACACUCUGUGCAACACCCAGGUAGCGGGGACUCAUCUCUGGAGAAGGAGUUCCUUGGGGCCCCAGUGGGGCCCUCGGUGAGCACCCCCAACAGCCAGCACUCUUCUCCCAGCCGCUCACUCAGUGCCAACUCCAUCAAGGUGGAGAUGUACAGCGAUGAGGAGUCGAGCAGACUGCUGGGGCCAGAUGAGCGGCUCCUGGAAAAAGACGACAGUGUGAUUGUGGAGGACUCAUUGUCCGAGCCCCUGGGCUACUGUGAUGGGAGUGGGCCAGAGCCUCACUCCCCUGGUGGCAUCCGGCUGCCUAAUGGCAAGCUCAAGUGUGAUGUCUGCGGCAUGGUCUGUAUUGGACCCAACGUGCUCAUGGUGCACAAGCGCAGCCACACUGGUGAGAGGCCCUUCCACUGCAACCAGUGUGGUGCCUCUUUCACCCAGAAGGGGAACCUGCUGCGCCAUAUUAAGCUGCAUUCUGGGGAAAAGCCCUUCAAAUGUCCUUUCUGCAACUAUGCCUGCCGCCGGCGUGAUGCACUCACUGGUCACCUCCGCACACACUCAGUUUCCUCUCCCACAGUGGGCAAGCCCUAUAAGUGCAACUACUGUGGCCGGAGCUACAAACAGCAGAGUACCCUGGAGGAACACAAGGAACGGUGCCACAACUACCUACAGAGUCUAAGCACUGAAGCCCAAGCUUUGGCUGGCCAACCAGGUGAGGAGAUCCGUGAUCUGGAUAUGGUGCCAGACUCCAUGCUGCACUCAUCAUCUGAUCGGCCAACUUUCAUCGAUCGUCUAGCCAACAGCCUCACCAAACGCAAGCGUUCCACCCCCCAGAAGUUUGUAGGUGAAAAGCAGAUGCGCUUCAGUCUCUCAGACCUCCCCUAUGAUGUGAAUUCUGGUGGCUAUGAAAAGGAUGUGGAGUUGGUGGCACACCAUGGCCUGGAACCUGGCUUUGGAAGUUCUCUGGCCUUUGUGGGUGCAGAACAUCUGCGUCCCCUCCGCCUUCCACCCACCAACUGCAUCUCAGAACUCACUCCUGUCAUCAGCUCUGUCUACACCCAGAUGCAACCCCUCCCUGGUCGCCUGGAGCUUCCAGGGUCCCGAGAAGCAGGUGAGGGACCUGAGGAUCUAGGUGAUGGGGGUCCCCUCCUCUACCGGGCCCGAAGCUCCCUGACUGAUCCUGGGGCAUCCCCUAGCAAUGGCUGCCAGGAUUCCACGGACACAGAGAGCAACCAUGAAGAUCGAGUUGGGGGGGUGGUGUCUCUCCCUCAAGGUCCCCCACCCCAGCCACCUCCCACCAUAGUGGUGGGCCGGCACAGUCCUGCCUAUGCCAAAGAGGACCCCAAGCCACAGGAGGGGUUAUUACGGGGCACCCCAGGCCCCUCCAAAGAAGUGCUUCGGGUGGUGGGGGAAAGCGGUGAGCCGGUGAAGGCCUUCAAGUGUGAACACUGCCGCAUCCUCUUCCUGGACCACGUCAUGUUCACCAUCCACAUGGGCUGUCAUGGCUUCAGAGACCCUUUCGAGUGCAACAUCUGUGGUUAUCACAGCCAGGACCGGUACGAAUUUUCUUCCCACAUUGUUCGAGGGGAGCAUAAGGUGGGCUAGUGACCUCUCCCCCUGCCCUUAGUCCACUACUCCACUGCCCCACUAUAGGUGUCUAGCCUUGUCCCCACCACACCCCAAGGAGUUUUGCAUUGUAGCCCCCACCACUGGCCACUUGACUUCACACCUAACCCUGACUCUCCUUGCCUAUUCUUUUCUACCCUGACCUGUUUAAGCAUUGUGAUGAAACAGAUCUUUUGCUUAUGUUUCUUCUUUUUCUCUUCUCUUCUCAUCUCAGCAUAUUCACUGAGUUAUUUAUUAAUUAGUUGACUUUGCCUUUUUUAUUUAUGGCAUUCCCUUGCCACUCCCUCACCCUCUGGCCCACAGCUCCCUUCUACUGUAGGCCUAAUUUUUUUCUUGUGGAUCUAGCAUCCAAUAGCCCCAGGGGUCAGAAGCUCCUCUUCACAUUAAGAGACCUUGAGCUUCUUGCUUUAAUCUUCACCCUUUAUCUGAUUUUUCAGUUUUUAUGCUGAUACCUCCCAAUGGCCCUACCUUAGCUCUGUGGCAUUAUAUCUCCUCUCUGGGACCCUUCAACCUGGUACUCCAUACCUCUUGUGCCCUCUCACUUUAGGCAGCUUGCACUAUUCUUGAAUGAAUGAAGAAUUUCCUCAUUUGGAAGUAGGAGGGGUUGAAGAAAUUCUCCCCAGGCACUGUGAGACUGAGGAUCCUCUUGACUGCCCCUGGGAAUUUGAGCUCCCCAAAGCCUACCUUCAGGAUCUCUCUCCAGGAUGUGAUAUAGCUCGUCCCUGUCCCCAGCCCAAUCCUCAUCACCACCCUAGUCUCUUCAACCUGCCGCUCUGCUCAGUGGUGGCUUUUCUCUCUGUGGAGUAACCCCAUUUUAUAUUCUCAGGGGCCAAGGCUAGGUCUGCAACCCUUUGUCUAAGGCACAUUGGGAGCCACAGGUGCCUAAUUAGGAACCAGGGCAUGGGAAGGGUGUGGGUCAAAAUAUUUUCUCUCCUCCACCUCUCAGACUUCUUCACUCUAGUGACCUUCAUGGGCUUACAGGGACUCUUUCAGUCCCCAUCCUAUGAGAAACUGGUGGGUAGCUGCCUGAUAACCAGGGGUCUCUCAACCCCUCUGUCAUGCUGCCUUCUUCCUCUCCUUCCCAGCAGGAUUCACUCUCUCAUUCCUGCACUCGUGGGCUCUUUCUUGUUAUUGGUGGCAGGGAGAAAAGGAUGUCUCUUUUCUCUCUUCUAAUUUUCAGUGUAACCAAAAAUUAUCCCAGGAUGAGCAAGGAUAUGUGCCCCUCAUCCAUUCCAUCCUUGUUCCAUCAAGAAUGGAGUAGGUACAACUCACCGGGGGUCAUCCUUCACUGCCCUUCUAUACUCAGCUCCCAGACAUGCAGGAGGGGCAUUCUUCUCCUGGCUGCUGCAGAGACCCCUGGUAUUUGGAUAACCAAGGAUUCAUGAGAAGGGGCAGGAGGAGGUACAACUCCACUGCAAGUGAAGGUCUCUUUCUACAAAGAGCUCCCUGCCCGGGGCCACAGCCAUCCCACUCUCUGCUUCCUUGAGAUUCAAACCAAAGGCUGUUUUUCUAUAUUUAAAGAAAAAAAAGAAAAAAAGAAAAAAAAAGUGAAAAACCAAACACAACACCUCACAAGUUGUAACUCUUGGUCCUUCUCUCUCUCCUUUUCUUCCUUUCCUGUCCAUCUUUCUUGCCACGUGUCCUUUCCUUAUUGGCCUUUCACCUCUUCUUCUUUUCUCACUCCCUAUCAGGGAUAUUUGUUUGGGGGUUGGUAAAAGGUGGGCUAAGGAUCAGAUCCUGGGAUUGGGGCUCUUAAGGGUCUGGGAAGAGUCUACCUUACCCUAUCAUGGGAAGUGAAAAAAACUCUUUUUCCCCCUUUUCCUUCCCCAUUAUUGUGGUUUUCCCAAGAGAACCAGAUUGGCAGGAAGAGGCCUUGUGGGAUGAUUGUUCCUCCUUGACAAUGUAGCAAUAAAUAGGUGCUGCCAAGGGCAGAGGAUGGGGGAGUCAGCUCAGAGGAGAGUGGUCCCUAGAGAAAGUAAAGAGUCUUCUCAACAGCACCCUUAGGUACUUGCUCCUUGUUCAGGAUGGCAGCAGAGCUGAGAUUAACACCUGGGCUUCUCCUGAACUAUUCUGGUUAUUGAGCCACUUCCUGUUGGACCUACCCAUCCCACAUCUUCUAUGUCUGCUGUGUAUUUGAUGAUACCUCAUAAGGACUUAUCCCUUCUGGGGUAUCAAAGCCUUAGGGUGCCCUCAUCCCCUCCCCUAACCAGCCUUGGCACCUGUAACCUCCCAGAACAUGAAGGACUAUGCUCUGAGGCUAUACUCUGUGCCCAUGAGAGCAGAGACUGGAAGGGCAAGACCAGGUGCUAGGGAGGAGAGAGAGGGGCAUCCUGUCUCUCUCUAGACCAUCACUGCACUUUAACCAGGGUCUUAGGUACAAAAUCCUACUUUUCAGAGCCUUCCAGCUCUGGAACCUCAAACAUCCUCAUGCUCUCUCCCAGCUCCUUUUACAUAAAAAAAUAAAAAGAAAGAAAAAGAAAGAACAAAAACCACACGGUGAAACCCACAUGGAGUAAAGAGGUGUUUCCUUUUAUAUUGCUAUUCAAAAUCAACACCACAAAAAGAAAUAAGAAUUUCUAAAUAGACACUUUUCCAGAACUUUGUUUUUUCCUGUCAAUGUCCAAGCUGCGGGUGGGAUUUUGUAAUACUUCUGGCAGCUUCUUUCCUUGUGUACAUAAUAUACAUAUAUAUAUAUAUAUUUUUAAUCAGAAGUUAUGAAGAACAACAACAAAAAAAAAAACACAGAAGCAAGUGCAAUACCACCUCUCUUCUCCCUCUCUCCCAAGGUUUCCUUUGUAGCCUGUUUGGUGUUUCCUUUGACCCUUGCCCCUCCACUUCCUCCUCUCUUCCUCUGCCCCCCACCUUUUUUUAAGUUUUUCUCCUUUCUCUAUGGGAGUUAAACUAGCUUUUGAGACUUAUUGCAAAGCAUUUUGUAUAUGUAAUAUAUUGUAAGUAAAUAUUUGUGUAACGGAGAUAUACUACUGUAAGUUUUGUACUGUACUGGCUGAAGGUCUGUUAUAAAUAAACAUGAGUAAUUUAACA